AGUCAUUCCAUUCUUCAAAGGAAUACUCGUGAUUGGUCAGUUUUAUAACUACAAUUAUUAUUAAAUCCGAUUAAUGGUGAAGCGUAAAUCGUAGUAUGUGUUGCACUGUCUUUUCGUGUCUCUCGCUGGAAGGUUUACUGUGCGCAUUGUAAACAGACUAUUAGGAGUCAAUUCUGGGACCCUAUUCUUGAGCACAUACGAUUAUUUUCGUAUACGAAUAAUUUCGCAUGAAAGUUUUUGCAUGCGAUUGGUGAAGUUAAUUCUUGAUCACUAUACGAAUUAACGUAGGAAAACUAAUCGCAUACGAAUACUAGAGCGUUGUUGCCAAAUCUUUAUGAAAUGAAUGAACCAAUGAAAUACUAACUUUAGUUAUUCUUGUUGAUACAUAAGAAAUCUGUUGAAAAAAAAAACAUUAUAACCUGUAAAUUAAUUUCCCAUUAGUCAUUAUUUCGGAGAUAAAAAUUUAAGAAGAAAACUACACGAUUAAAUUAUUUAGAUUGUAUUGUAACCUUAAAAAAAGGUUACACAUAUCGUUUACGUUUACGUUUAAGUAGAAAUUGAAAAUUAAAUUUCAUUGCCUAUUAAAUAUUUGUAUUGCAUACAAAAUAUUGAAAUCGUUAUAAUAUAAGAUGGCUGAAAAACGAGUAGGAAAUAUAUCAAAUGGACAAAGAAAAAUUCUUAUUGAAUUUCUGAAUAAUCAUCCGGAAUUAGUGUCGGCAAAAUUUACAUCAACAUUUUCAUAUAAAGAUGCUCAAAAACUAUGGUGUGAAAUUACUAAUAUAUUAAAUGCCCUUCCUGGAGCUAAAAAGAUGGGAGCAAUGGCGAAAGACUUGGCAUGACAUGACAAACAAAGUAAAAGGAAAGAAAGCAGAUAUCAAUCGAAGUUUAAAAAAAACUGGAGGAGGUCCACCAUUAGAAAUAAACAUGACAAUGAUAGACAACGAUGUAGCUAAUUUGAUUGGACCUACUACUAUAUACGGUGAUGCUACAGUUGACGAAUCUAUUGCUGAAUUUAAUUUUGAAAACACUGAAAAUACCGAAAUUGAAAAUACAUUGGGUUUUAAAGAGAACAAUUCAGAUAUAUCAACUGCAUCAAUAAAUAAUAAUAUAUUAAAGGAUAUUACGUAUAAAAGAAAUGUUGACUUAAAUACAAAAAAAUGUGUUCAAGUAAAGUCAUCAAUUAAUUGCAACAAAGAGCUAUUAAUAUCUAAAUCACAAUCAGUGGAGCCUUGUGUUUUCAUAUCAGAUGAAUCAGUCAAUGGACAAGCCAAUGAAGAUACAAAUAUAAACAACACAAAAUUAAAAAAUCAAAAUAUAAAAUCAACUAUAACAACAGCAGUAACACAUAAAGGUAUUAAGAAAUGCAGACAAAACACAUCUCACAGUCAGCAACGUACUACAAAAAAAGGAUAUUUUGAAAAUACUCUUUCGUAUACAAAAUGUCUAAGCACAAAUAUGGAGAAUGAUAUGAAGAUGCGUGAAGAAUAUUAUAAUAAAAAACUUAAAUUUAUGGAACGUGAUGUUAUAGCAAAAGAACGAAUUGCUGCGGCUAUUGAAACUUUUUGUGCAAUAAAUCAAGAAAAUAUAACUUACAAAGAAGUAGAAAAUUUGGAAGACACAGGUUAUUAGUUUAAAAGAAAAAUGUUUAUUAAUGUUUAUUUUUUUUAAUGUUUAUUUUUUAUUUUAAACUGAUCAAAAUUGUUGUGCCAAAGCUGCACAUAACUGCUAAUUGUUAAU